AUGCAGGCUUACCCCGACCUACCCCGGCCUACCCCUACCCCAGCGUACCCCUAUCCUGGCCUACCGCGGCCUACCCCAAUCCCUGCCUACCCUUAUUCUGGCCUAUCCCUGCCUACCCCUAUCCCGGCCUACCCCUAUCCCGGCCUACCCCGGCCAGCCCCGGCCUACCCCGGUCUACCCCUCCUCGGCCUACCCCGGCCUACCCCUACCCUGGGGGACCCCCUCCUACACCUACCACGACCCACCCGAAUCCCAGCUUACCCCAGACUAUCCCUAAUCCAGCCCACCCCUACCCCGGCUUACCCCGGCCUACCCCUAUACCAGCCUACCCCUACCCUGGCCUACCCCUAUGCUGGCCUACCUCUAACCCGGCCUACCCCUAACCCAGACUAUCCUGGCCUACCCGUUUUCUGGCCUACCGCUACCUUCACCGGCCUACCACUAUCACAGCCUACCCCUAUCCCGUCCUACUCCUACUUACACUGGCCUAUUACUAUCCCGGCCUACCUCUAUACUGGCCUACCCCUACCCCAUCCUACCCCGGCCUACCUCUACCAUGGACUACCCCGGCCUACCCCUACGCAGGCCAACCCCGGCCUACCUCGGCCUACCCCUAUCCUGGCCUACCCUGGCCUACCCCUGUCCCGGCCUACACCUUCCCUGGCCUACCCCUAUCCCGGCCUACCCCUAUCCCGGCCUACACCUUCCCUGGCCUACACCUUUCCUGGCCUACCCCAGCUUACCCCAGCCAAAAACAACCGCAGCCUACAUCUAUCCUGGCCUAUCCCUAUCCUGUUCUACCCCUAUCCCAGCCUACCCUGGCCUACCCCGGCCUAUCCCAAACCCAACCUACCCCUACCCUGGCUUACACCAGCCAUCAACUUUCCUAGCCUUUUCUUAUCCAGGCCUACCACAGCAUACCCUGGCCUACCCCUAUCCCGGCCUACCUUUGCUGAACCCUAUCCUGGCCUACCGCGGCCUACCCGUAUCCCAGCCUACCCCUAUCCCAGCCUAUUCCUACCCCGGCCUACCCCUACCCCGGCCUAUCCAUAA